CAAAGCUGACAAAAUUGAAAUUAAAUUCUUCCUGCAUUUGUUUACCUUUUUUUAUAUAUUGCACCAAAUUAAAUCUGCGAUGGAAAAUCAAAAUAGUGGGCUCACCCCGACUUGGCGUCGAAUGGAGCGCCUGGCGCCAUUAAAGGGAUGCGAGGUGGCCCAGAGGAAGAUAAGCUGGUAUCGUGGACUCUCCCAAUCCCAGUUGGCGGCAGCCAAUCGAUUAUCGGAUCUCCUGAGGGGCAAUAUGGACAAGAAGACGGCCUCGGAGGUGGCUAAGCUCAUGGUGCGACUGGGAUUGCAUCCUACUCCGCCGUGGAAAUCCCUUCGCCAGGUGAUCGAACUCAGUCGGGGUAAUGAUCUGGCCUUUCUCUGGUUCCUCAUGGAAAUGUGCUACAAGACCCAACACGGCGAGACUUACAGUAUCAACGAGCAGAUCAUAAUGUCGACCAUCUUCCGUUUGGACUUGCUCCCCACUCUCAGGGAACUGGAUCGCUCUCCCCUGCCACAUUCCUGCCAAUCGGAUAGGGAUAAAGCUGAGUUCCUAAGACGGAGAAGUCAAAGACUAAAAAAAGAAAGGGAAGAGGAACGCCAGAAAGAGAUGGCCAGAAAGGCCAAGCUCACAACACCUCUAUCGCCCUACUUUCAGGAACCCAAUAUUGCCGGAAAAACCCGACACGAUCGCAGGAUGCUCUCCGAUCAUCCCGAUACUCCAGUUUUUUUCGACAUGGACGAAGAACCCAUCGAAACUGGUCUGUUCCGCUGGUUUGGUAGCUACACUCUAGACGAGGCCCAGCGAGUGGGUAAAUCCAUCAUAUUCCAGGAGUUAAACAGCAUUUUUGAGUCCUUCAAGGCGGCCUCAUUGCCACCGCAGGAUGUGGAGUCCUUGUGCACCCAUCAUCAGUACAUUCGGGAGAUGGAAAGGUCCCUGAAGAUCCAACUGGAGCGGAUGAAGCAGAGAAAGUCGAAGAGCUCUAAACGUCAGAAUCGACUGGAAGAAAGGCGGAGAAAGCGGGUGAUUCAGGAGCUGGAAGAAAAGGCCUGUUACUUGAAGCGUUUCCAGGAAAUGGCUGCCAGGGCCAGAUUGGCCUCCACCAGGAAGCACUUUUGGGGGAGUUCCAAGAAGUCAUUUAACUUUGAUAUCCCGAAAAAUGAAAACAUGUGCGAUGAUUUUGGAAGAAAGUGCCAAACCUUCGAGGCAGAUAGGCGAUUAGAAAAACCUGUUAUAAAAAGACGUAGUAGAAAGAGUAGCAGAUCCAGUAGUGUGAGAAGGUUGCCAAGUGGAGCGGAGUCAAAAUCAAAAAGAUCGAGAUCUAGAAGCAGGUCCAGAUCUACAUCAAAAAUCGGAGAAGGAAGUCCAAGCGAACAUCGGAUAAGAAGUUUAAAUAGUCGAUAAAAACAUCAACGCACUCCACGAAAGGGCAAAAAUGAAUUCAAGGACAUUAUGGUUAAACUAUUAAAAGUGAUAGACCCAUCUUCCAGACUGUCCCGAUUUCCAGCCGAACCUGCUAAGUGCGCCAAGUGCCAUAUUUACAAUCCCCAAGAGGGCUUACCCCAGGCGAACCCAAAUCAUCGACCCAGUAGCCUGAUGCAGUUCAAGUUGUGUGCCAUUGAAGAGGAUGAGGAGGAGGAUUUGGAUCCCAAACGGGAACCAAAUCCUUCCCCUCCUCCUGAUCAAGAACCCAAGAUCCUUCAGCUGGGUCUGCCAGGAACUAAUCACUUCAAAUUCAACUAUCGUGAGUUGUUUGGCUCGCUGCAUAGGACUCUGGACGACGAAAGGAUGCGUCUGAAGGAGGCCUUCGUGCGGGCUAUCGACGAUGAUGUGCAGUACCUCAGUGCGGCUUUGGAUGGCGAGGAAGAGGGUUCCCUGGAUGCCUUGGUGGAUAGGGCAGCCAAGCGGGUUUUCGCCGAGGAUGUGAAGACCUUUCACAAGGAACUGGAGAAGUUACAGCGAAAAAGAGAUGCAGAAAUACGCGAGGAGAACCACAAUGAUCGGUUGAAUUUCGGUCGAUUCUACGAUCCCGAAAACAUCCCCCUGAUGAAGGAGAUGCUGCGGUUGGGUCUUGAGAAAGUGGCGCAGGAUAAAAGAUAUGUACUGCCCACCUUGCCUGAUGUUCAUUCCGUACCCUAUCUCAUCGAAUGGAUACGUCUUCGGUAUGGGAAACGCUACUCCUACAAAGAAAAGGAAAGAAUCUUCGCCAAGGAUAAAGUGGUCAUGGACCAAAUAGCAUGGCUGAUGCGCACCAAAUUGGUGAAUAUACCCUCACUUCCUGGCGGAAAUAGCAUAAACGACCUGGCCAAACUGAGGAAGAUAAGCCAAAUACACAGGGAACAUCACACCAAUAGGUUCCUGGAAGCCAUUAUGGAGGCGGAAAGGGUCUUCUAUGGGGCCAUGAAACCACAACUCUGUAAUCUGGCCACUGAGUCCACCUUGGCCUACCUGCCCUCCCACUUCCACGAUUUAGGCUUUACUGUCAAUACUCAGAACGGAGAAAUGGAUGUUUUCCAUUAACUGGCAUAACUGGUGGCAUAAAGAUAACU